UUCACCCCGCUAUUACUUGGAAAUUUUCGUGAUUAGCAUCGACGUCGUGUUCAAUGUCUUGUAAAAUUGUUGGCUUUUCAGCCGUGGGAAAAGGCAUUUUUAAAAGUUCAACAUUGUUCACUCAACUUGCACGUACCAUGAGUCGAUUUGGCAGAGAAAGGGGCUACGAUACGAGUCGGUCUGACAGAAAAGGAAGUUAUGGUGGCGGAGGAGGAAGCCGAAGUGGUGGGUAUAGUGGAGGUCAUGGUGGUACAUAUGGUGGUAGUCGAAGUGGGGGUUAUGGUGGUGGUGGUGGAAGCUAUGGUGGUGGAGGAGGAUACUCAGGAGGUGGAGGAUACGGUGGUGGAAAGAAGGAAAAAUUCAACAGUCCUGGUUCAAAUCUUAGAAAACCCAAAUGGGACAUUAACAGUUUGCCACGAUUUGAGAAGAACUUCUAUCGAGAACAUCCUAAUGUACAGAACUUGAGCGAGGAUGAGGUUCAAGUGUAUAGGAAAUCCAAAGAAAUGACUCUUUCUGGUAGAAAUGUCCCAAGACCUGUUAGAACAUUCAGUGAAAUGACAUUUCCAGAUUAUCUAACAUCAGAACUUGCAAAGAUGGGUUUUACAGCGCCGACUGCUAUACAAGCACAAGGUUGGCCGAUGGCAAUGUCUGGUAGAGAUGUCGUUGGUAUCGCCCAAACAGGAUCAGGGAAAACACUCUCGUUUGUCUUACCUGGAAUAGUCCAUAUUAAUCAUCAGCCUUUGUUGCAACAUGGUGAUGGUCCCAUUAUGCUCGUGCUUUGCCCUACGCGAGAAUUAGCUCAACAGGUACAGGGUGUUGCUCAACAGUUUGGAAGAAGUUGCAAAGUACGUACGACAUGUGUCUACGGUGGAGCCCCUAAAGGACCGCAGAUACGAGAACUUGAAAGAGGAAGUGAAAUUGUCGUUGCAACACCCGGCCGGCUUAUUGACAUGUUAGAGGCUCGCAAGACUAACCUAAGACGUUGUACGUAUCUUGUUAUGGACGAGGCAGACAGGAUGUUGGACAUGGGUUUUGAACCACAAAUCAGAACUAUCAUCGAGCAGAUCCGACCCGACCGUCAAGUUCUCAUGUGGAGUGCCACGUGGCCAAAGGAAGUGCAGACAUUGGCUAAAGAUUUUCUUAAGGAUUACAUUCAAGUGAAUAUCGGUUCUCUUCAACUUAGUGCUAAUCACAAUAUUCUACAGAUUGUUGACGUUUGCCAGGAGUAUGAAAAGGAAGGAAAGCUGGCAAAACUUUUGGAAGAAAUAAUGGGCGAAAAAGAAAAUAAGACGAUCAUAUUCACGGAAACAAAACGAAAAGCGGAUGACCUAACGCGAAGUCUUCGACGAGAAGGAUGGCCAUGCAUGUGUAUACAUGGAGAUAAGUCUCAACCAGAACGUGAUUGGGUUUUGAAUGAAUUCCGCUCGGGAAAUGCACCCAUCUUGAUAGCAACUGACGUCGCCUCUCGUGGUUUGGAUGUAAACGAUAUCAAGUUUGUGAUAAACGUCGAUUAUCCAUCAUCGAGUGAGGAUUAUAUUCAUCGAAUUGGUCGCACGGCUCGCUCUACGAGGACUGGGACGGCCUACACUUUUUUCACGCAGGCGAACGCCAAGCAAGCGAAAGAUCUUGUUAAUGUUCUCAAAGAAGCUAAACAGCAAGUGAGCAGUAAACUUUUGGAGCUUGUGGAAAUUGCAAGUCAUUUCACUGGAAGAAGCCGGAGUCGUUAUAGAAAUGCCGAUAAGUCAUCCAGUGGUGCCGGGGGCUUUAAAUCCGGUGGAGGAAGUGGUGCGUAUAAGAGCAGUGGUGGAUACAAGAGUGGUGGUGGUGGAUAUCAUAAUAGUAGUAGCAGUGGUGGAUAUCACAGUGGCAGUGGUGGAUACAAUAGUGGUAGCAGUGGAUACAAUAAUAGUGGUAGUGGUGGAUAUGGUAGUACUGGUGGUGCAUAUAACAAAGGUGGUGGAAGCAGUACUCACAAUGGAUAUGGACAGAAUUCUCACUCAAGUAGUAACGGUAGUUACCACCAACAACAGGGUGGCUCACAACAAAGUAACUACCAACAGCAAGGUUAUGGUGGUUACCAACAGCCUCAAAGCUAUAGUGGUUAUCAACAACACCAGCCCCAAUCAACAGGAUAUCAAAAUACUGGUGGUUACAGCUAUGCACAGAGCUACCAGACAGGUUAUAAUGCCAGUGGCUAUCCAUCACAGUAACUCUAUUAUUUUUAAUUGGUUAAGGCUGUUAUAUUGUAAGUAAGUUAUUGACACUUGUUCUCUCCUAGUGUCUUACAUACACGAUUUUGUAGUGGACUUAAAACGAAGAUUUUUAGAUUUUGGCCUCGGUGCUUCAUAUGUACAAAUGCAUGAUUUAUGUUUUCGUCUAUAUACAUUGCAUGUGAUAUUCAUAUUCUGGUUUUACAUAGCAAUAAGAUCUACUUAAAAAAUGUCAUUUAUUCUUUAGUCGUUGAUUAAUAACACAGGAGCAGGCAAAGUUAAAUUCGUUUGCUUUGUUAUUUAAUUAAAAUAUCAAUCAAACCAUAAA